AACGAUUUAUCGCUUUUGUUUACACAUCUGGAUGAGGACGGAGACGGAGAGAUCAACAUUAAUGAAUUAUGGAAACACUCGGGCAUUUACAAGCCCGAGGACUCGGCCUGUCUAUUGACUGAGCUAUUGUUACACGAAGACACCAAUCAUGAUGAAAAUCUUGACUUUUCUGAAUUUCAAAACGCGUUCAACAAACUAUACACCAACGAUUUAUCGCUUUUGUUUACACAUCUGGAUGAGGACGGAGACGGAGAGAUCAACAUUAAUGAAUUAUGGAAACACUCGGGCAUUUACAAGUCACUGGCGGUGAACGUAGUUGAGGCCCACGUUGGGGACAACGUAGAGAUCCGGUGCGAUAUCAUGGGUGAACCACAGCCACCGGCUAUCAAAUGGACCAGGUUCAAUGUAGACCUCAACACCGUAAACAUUCCUAACAUGAAGGUGUUUAGCGAUGGCUCACUAUACCUGACCAAUGUUCAGCUCUCGUUCAGCGGGAACUACACGUGUCAGGCCGUUAACAACCCGCUGGUAAAACAGGUCCAUAUUCUCCAUACAAUCGUGCCCCCAUUAGUAUCCGUAUCGCCACGUUUCCAAUGGGAACCGAUCGGAGGGUUGGCUACAAUCGACUGUCGCUACGAGUCCUUCGAGGACACGGUGUCUAUCGAGUGGUACAAAAACGAAGAGCUACUGUUGGGCACCAACGCGCGCACCGUAAUCAUGAACAACGCGACCAAGGUGCAAAUCGGACAGCUCACCCGCACGGACACCGGUGCCUACUCGUGCCGGGUCACCGACAAACGACCCGCGGACACCCCUAACGGCCCGACGGGCACCCAAUCCAGCGGUCAGGACGUGUCAUCACUGCUCAUACAGGACGACGCGGUACAGGUGUCGGCCGACGCGGCGGACGAGUCGCGGGAAAAGCUGUGGGUAUUUCACGGCAACGGUGUGUCGAUAUACGCCGGCGGCUGUCAGGGGCUGAUACACGAGUUGGACGGCCGGGAUAUUAUACCCCAGUCGGGUCUGACGCUAUGCGGCGCCACCGACACCGACCAGCGGGUGAUAUGCGAGUGGUCUGACAACGCGCUGGUGGCCGACGGCCGGGUAUACGUAGCGCAACCCAAUCUGAACCGGCUGGUGGUGUUUCACGGCCAACAGUUAAACGUGGUUCAGGUGAUCGCCACCGACCCCCAGCCACGGCGGCUGUGGUCUGUCCGGAGCAAUACGGCCACUACCGGCAGCGCCGGUACCGACGAGCACCAGAUAUGGGUGCUCUGCGCCGGCAAUAAUCCCACGAUUAAGGCGGCCGACGGCGGCUCGAGUGCGGCCAGCGAUGAGAGCUCGGAGUCGGGCGAAUCGGCCGGUGCUGACACUUUUGGUGAGUUCGAGUGGGGCCGAGAGGCUGGCCGAGCGAGUGGUGGCCGACCGGGUAUGGGUGCGGCCGACUCGGCCGAGUUCGAGUGGCAGUACCCCUCUCGCCAGCAACAGAGGCGUAACCGUAAGACAGUGCAAGUGGUCCGACUGUCGGCGUCCGUACAUCAGCCCAAUGUUAUACACCUGCAGCCAAUUGACGGCCAUUUUGACCUCGUUUACGAUAUGUUUGUGCCCGAGUUCAGUCCACAGCGUCUGCACCUUAAGCAUGGCAUCACAAACCGGUUAGUUAUCAUGUGAUUUACU